AAAACCCUCUCUUCUUCCUCCCCUUCGCCUUCAUCUCUGCCUGCAAAGAAAAGAUGGAGGCUCCUCUGAUUUCUGAAGAAAACCCAAAGGAAGAAGACCAUAAUCAUAACCAAACCCAUCUCUCUCUUGCUGCCAAAGAAGCGAAAUGCAUAUCUGACAUCGCUCUUCCCAUGAUCGUCACCGGCCUUCUUCUCUACUGCCGCUCCAUGAUCUCCAUGCUCUUCCUCGGCCGCCUCGGCGAUCUUUCGCUGGCCGGCGGGUCUCUGGCCAUCGGAUUCGCCAACAUCACUGGCUACUCCAUUCUCUCCGGGCUGGCGAUGGGCAUGGAGCCUAUUUGUGGGCAGGCUUUUGGUGCUAAGAGGUUUAAGCUUAUGGGUCUUUCUUUGCAGAGGACGAUUGUUUUGCUUCUCUUUACCUCAAUCCCCAUUGCUAUUCUCUGGUGUAAUAUGGAGAGAAUCUUGAUUUUGUGCCGCCAAGAUCGGGAAAUCUCCAUGGAAGCUCAGUCUUUCAUUCUUUAUUCCCUCCCUGAUCUUAUCGCCCAGUCUCUGCUUCACCCUCUUCGUAUCUAUCUCCGCUCGCAGUCCGUCACGUUGCCGCUCACGUUCUGCGCCGCCUUUGCUAUCGUCGUACAUGUUCCCAUCAACUACUUCCUUGUCGUGGUUCUCAAUCUGGGAAUCAAAGGCGUGGCCUUGAGUAGCGUUUGGUGUAAUUUCAACGUUGUUGGGUCUUUGGUUGUUUAUGUUUUGUUUUCGGGGGUUUACAAGAAAACGUGGGGUGGGGUUUCGUGGGAAUGCUUUAAAGGGUAUAAAUCUUUGCUAAAUUUAGCGAUUCCGAGUUGUGCUAGUGUGUGCUUGGAAUGGUGGUGGUAUGAGCUCAUGAUUCUGUUAUGCGGGCUUUUGGCGAAUCCGAGGGCCACCGUUGCAUCAAUGGGGGUUCUGAUUCAAACGACGUCGUUGAUCUACAUUUUCCCGUCGUCUCUGAGCUUCGGAGUGUCGACGAGGGUGGGAAACGAGCUCGGCGCGGGCCGGCCGGGCCGGGCCAAGCUCGCGGCCAUUGUCGGGCUCUGUGCGAGCUUUAUCCUCGGGCUGGCGGCGCUCACGUUUGGGGUGGCGGUGAGGAAUGUUUGGGCUUCGAUUUUCACCCAAGACGCGGAAAUCAUGGCGUUAACGGCGGCGGUUUUGCCGAUUAUUGGACUGUGCGAGCUCGGGAACUGCCCGCAGACGACCGGAUGCGGCGCGCUGAGAGGGACGGCGAGGCCGAAACUCGGGGCGAAAAUCAACCUCAGAUGUUUUUACUUUGUCGGAUUGCCGGUCGCGGGGUGGUUGGGCUUCUUUGCAGGGUUUGAUUUUCAGGGACUCUGGCUUGGAUUACUGGCGGCGCAGGCUUCUUGUGCGUUGACCAUGUUACUGGUAUUGGGCAGGACCGAUUGGAAUGAUCAAGCCAGGAGAGCCAAAGAGCUAACAGCAACCAUCUCACUUGUUGAUGAUGAUGAUGAUGAUGAUCAAAACACACAAGUUGAUCCAACAGAGUAUCAGAAACUUGAAACUUCCCCAGUCUAAUAGCAGUCAACAUCCGGUUGAACGAGACAAAUUUGACCUAAUUUGACUCGAUUAGUCUCACCCGACCAGAAUGCCACCAAUGAUUCGAUCAUAUGAUCGACUUGGUCAAUCUCAAAACGAGACUAAUUUGGUUAAACCAUAAUCAGUCUCAGGAUAAGAUUAAUUCGGGUUAAUAUCGGAGUGAUUCUCCUGAAGUAUUAUUGUUGUUCCAUUCUUGAUUUAUUCUUUUAAUUUUUCCCAUACCCUUUUGCUAGAUAGACCUGAUCUGAGGUUGCCAACUUAGACUGGGGAUUUUCUGGUAGGCCUUAGUAUUUGUCAGCUGUAGUCAAAUUCUUUGUUUUUUGUUGCUUGUAGUGUUGGAAUCAAUGUAAUUAGCCCAUAUCUAUUGUGGUUUCUAGAUCA